AUGGCACUCACAAGAAAGCCUGAGGUAAAAGUGACUUAUGGUAAACGUAAAGAUAUAACAGAUUUAUCAACUUUAAGUCCUUUACGAGACAAUUCAUUGUUUGAUAAUGGAGGAUUACUUAGAGACGUGACCAACAUUGGAAGUUACUUUAAUAAGGAAAAUACCUUAAAUGAGCGCAUAGAAUUUGAUGAACAGAUGAUACAAUCUAAAAAGCGCGAUAUUACUGACAGAUUCUCGGCUGUUGAGCUAAAUGAUGAGUGUAUUGAAAUAGGAGCACAGUUCAUAAGGCCUAAAAGACGUGUUACAACUGGAUCUAUAUUACCUGCCGUUGAAUUUAAUGAUUCUUAUAUGGGAAAUGUAAAACAAGAAAGAAAAUCUGGGAUAAUAGUAAAACAAAAAUCUAUAGGAGAUUUUUUUAAACCUGCAUCAGUUGAAUUAAAUAGCAAUCAACGUAAAAAGAAGAAAAAAUAUGCUACUAUUCCGAGAUUUAAUAAAAGAAUUUAUGAUGAGAAUACUGAAAAUAAUGUGACUUCAUCAUCACCAUCAAAAAAACGCGUUAAAAGUUAUGAACAAACUUACCUUGAUAUUGGACAAAAGGAUUUUGGUGCAUACACAUGUCCAGAAUGUCAAAUGUCGUACGUUCGAGGAGUGUUAGGUUAUCAAGAUGAAAUUACAUUGGAAUCAAUUGCUGAAGCCAACGAUCGUGUUGUGUUGCUUGUUUAUAAUCAAUCACAUUAUUUUGAAAGACAUAAAAUUAAGAACACUAUUGAAUGGGUCAAUUUGGAACUUGGUGCAGUAAUGUUAACUGAGGAAAAGUUGAAUACGAGCAAAGCGUACUUUUAUAUUGCUAAUAAGUAUGACAUUGUUGGAUUUGCUUUGGCCAUUCAGAUUGAGAAAGCCUAUAAAGUAGUUGUAAAUUCUUCAAAUGACAAAGUUCAAAAUGAAUCCAGUAAAGAUUCUAAUAUGCAUAAUGAAACUGAUGUUGGGUCAGGAAUUUUCUGUUGUACAAAUCCUAUUCGUGCUUUUUGUGGAAUUAGUCGCUUAUGGGUUAAAAAAGAUUACCGGAGGAAAAAAGUUGCGUCAAAACUAUUGGAUCAUGUCAGGAAAAAUUUUAUUUAUGGUUGUGAAAUCAAGCCUAGUGAAGUAGCGUUCUCGCAACCUUCAGGAGAUGGUAAAUCUUUUGCAACUAAUUACACAGGAACCCGUGAGUUUUUAGUCUACUCUGAUGAUUAA